GUGCGGCGGGGCUGUUUCCAUAGCAGCAGAAGGCAACGGGAAGAGCGCCGCGGGCAGCCUAGCGUGCCGUGCGGCGGGGCCCUCGUCCGCUCGCCGGGCGCGGCGCCAGCCGCCUCAGCUUGCCCGCCAUGAGCGUGCCGGAGGUGGAGGUCCUCGUCUCCCAGAAGUAUGAGAUCAAGAGGCGCCUGGGCAAGGGGGCUUAUGGCAUUGUAUGGAAAGCAAUCGAUCGCAGGACAGGAGAAAUAGUUGCUGUUAAAAAGAUUUUUGAUGCUUUCAGGAACAGAACAGAUGCUCAGAGAACAUUUCGAGAGAUUAUGUUCCUGCAGGAAUUUGGAGAACAUCCAAAUAUCAUCAAGCUGCUUGAUGUUAUCCGAGCUCAGAACAACAAGGACAUCUACCUCAUUUUUGAGUCCAUGGAGACAGAUUUACAUGCUGUGAUUAAGAAGGGGAAUUUGCUGAAAGAUAUCCACAAGUGUUACAUUCUCUACCAACUCCUGAAGGCAACUAAAUUCAUCCACUCAGGAAAUGUUAUUCACAGAGAUCAGAAGCCUUCAAAUAUCUUGCUGGAUGCAGACUGCUUUGUUAAACUUUGUGAUUUUGGGCUGGCCCGUUCUUUAUGUCAGAUGAAUGAGGACCAAGGCAACCCUGCUCUAACAGAGUAUGUGGCUACACGCUGGUACCGAGCCCCUGAGAUCUUACUUUCCUCUCGGAGUUACACUAAAGGUGUAGACAUGUGGAGCAUUGGCUGUAUUCUGGGAGAGCUGCUACUUGGAAAACCUCUUUUUCCUGGAACAUCAACAGUGAAUCAAAUAGAGCAGAUCUUGAGGGUCAUUCCUGCCCCAUCCCCAGAAGAUAUUUUGGCUAUGCAAUCAGAUUACAGAGCCUCAGUUAUUAACCGCAUGAGUUUCCGGCAGCGAGUAACAUUUGAGGAGAUUUUACCAUCCUCUACUCCAUUGCCUGCCUUGGAUCUUCUGAAGAAACUUUUAGUAUUUAACCCUGAUAAACGACUCACAGCAGAGGAGGCUCUGCAGCAUCCUUAUGUGAAGAGAUUUCACUGUCCUGCCAGGGAGCCCUCUCUGGAUUAUGAUGUGAUUCUUCCUUUAGCUGAUGAUAUCCAGCUGUCUGUGGCAGAAUAUCGAAAUAAAUUAUAUGAGAUGAUCCUUGAAAAGAAAUUAAAUAGCCAUCGAAAGGAGCAAGUGCGGAGAGAAAAUAUUCAGCUAAGUCAGUCUGAAUCCAGGCCACUUCUUCCAAAUUCCAGUUCUGUGAAUUUAUCUACCAGGAAAGGCCAGAGAAUACCAACACCGCCUCUUCUAAAAACUUCAGAUGUGCAUGCUGGAACUACAUCUAGUGUCCAGCCAGAAGUAUCCAGCCAGAGUGAAGAUUUAGCAAGAACUUUAUGUCAGAGAUCAAAGAUCAACGUGAUAUACAAUCCCAUAACACAUACUGCUGUUCAAAGUAAUGCAAAUUCUGGUGCUGUGAUCAAGAACUGUUCUGCACCACCUUCUCAACAGGCCAGAAUCUCCAACAAUAGGAGACUGGGGAGACAAAUCACAUGGGCAAAUGCAAAUGCUCAGCUACCUCCCACAAGUGUACAGAACCUUUAUAAUAAUCCAAGAAAUACUCAGUUUCACAGCAAAGAUGUUCAUCCGUUUCUGAAGUCCAGUAAAAAGAUGUUCCAGAUUACUGCAAAUGUGGGAGCUGCUGGUGAUCCAAAAGCAUCAAUGGGCAGUUACUCCCAGGCCUAUGGAACCAUAUAUAAAUCUGCACUGCAGAGUCUUCCAAUAUCAAAAUCCUCCCAACAACAUGAGCAGUGAAUAUGGAAAUGUUCUAACCAGAAAGCAGUGUUCCAAGAGAUACUGUUGCUGAAACGUCAUGAAGUUGUUAUCAGGCAACAGUGGGACUACAGUAAACUUUAAAACUAUAUUCCUGUUUAAUGCUGAUUUUUGGUACAUUCUCCUCCUUAACUUGAAGUUCUUAUAAGAAGUCUCUGUCCCUGAAAUUUUACUUCACCUAAGAUAAAUGAUUGUUAUUCCAGAACAUUGGGACUACAGUUACAGAGGGGAUUCAGGCACUAAAUUCCAACACGUGAGUACCACUGCCAUUGAUAGCAUAUCCAUUUUAUCUUUUAGUACCUAAACACCAAAGGCUAGUAAAAAAAUAGUACAUUCACUUCUGGUACCAAGUGUGGUCACUUAAGUCUGAUAAUACAAGGGAGCUGGGAAUACAGCUCACAGGAAGUCCUGGUUUAUUCUGGUAUAUUCAUAAAAUAGGCAUUUCCUGUCUAUCUCAGGUACAGGUAGAUACAGGGAACGGCAAUGACAGGGUGAACAUGUUGUGCAGGCAGUGCUCUGUGCAGCACGUUGGCUCUUGUGAGGCCAGUUCUCAUGCACAGAAAAGGGAGCCUGCUGCUUAAUUCAGAGUUGUGACUUCCACUGAAUGCCUAGCACCUAGCAAUUUGACGAUACAACAUGAUAUCUAAGAUCCUCUGUGAGCUUAGUCUCAGACCGAGAGGUGAU